ACAGCGGGGCCUAGUGCUCGUCUUCCCUCUUAAGGCGAGCAGGCCUGCCGCAGGGCCCGGCCCGGUCUGCUGUCCGGGCCGAGCGGCGGCCAGGGCGGGGAGGUGCCUUUGGCGUGAGGGCGGAGCGAGGCGGAGGCGGUGAGCUGCCGGCGGCAAGGAGAGGCGUGCCGCGGCCGGAGGAGGCGCGCAGGGAGCUGGCCGGCUUCCCCACUGCAGCCUGAGAGGGAAGCGGGCUCGCCUGGGCUCCUGCAUAAAAAAUGGCAUUUCAGAAGGCAGUGAAAGGAACUGCUCUCAUUGGAGGAGGUGCCAUAGCAACAGUUUUUGGCCUCUCUCAAUUUUCUCAGUAUAGAAACAAACACGGUACCUUUGUGAAUGUUCAGGCUGCAGAAGCUGUGCCUGUUCCAAUGAAGAGUCAUCUCCCCACAAGAGAGCAACAAAUUUCGGCACUGCAGACCACAAGCGAAUUUGAUGUCCUUGUUAUAGGCGGAGGAGCAACAGGAUGUGGCUGUGCUUUAGAUGCAGUCACUAGAGGACUAAAAACAGCCCUUCUAGAAAGAGAUGAUUUCUCAUCAGGGACCAGCAGCAGGAGUACUAAAUUGAUCCAUGGUGGAGUGAGAUAUCUUCAGAAGGCCAUCAUGAAGUUGGAUUUUGAGCAGUACAAGAUGGUGAAAGAAGCACUUGAGGAGCGUGCAAAUCUGCUUGAAAUAGCUCCUCACCUAUCAUCUCCUUUGCCAAUAAUGCUGCCUGUUUACAAAUGGUGGCAAUUGCCAUACUACUGGUUUGGAAUAAAAUUAUAUGACCUUGUAGCAGGAAGUCAGUGUCUGAAAAGUAGUUAUGUCCUUAGCAAGUCAAGAGCCUUGGAACAUUUCCCAAUGCUACGCAAAGACGAGCUUGUUGGAGCUAUUGUCUACUAUGACGGACAGCACAACGAUGCGCGGAUGAACCUCGCCAUCGCCCUCACUGCUGCCAGGUACGGUGCUGCCACCGCCAAUUACACUGAAGUGCUGAGCUUGCUCAAGACGACGGAUCCAGCCAGUGGGAAGGAGCGUGUGUGUGGUGUACGCUGCAGGGACGUCCUAACAGGGCAGGAAUUUGAUGUCAAAGCCAAAUGUGUUAUCAAUGCUACGGGACCUUUCACAGACUCUGUGCGCAAAAUGGAUGAUCAGGAAGUACCAAACAUCUGUCAGCCAAGUGCAGGCGUGCAUAUUGUGAUGCCUGGUUAUUACAGCCCUGAUCAUAUGGGUCUGCUUGACCCAGCCACCAGUGACGGCAGAGUGAUUUUCUUCCUGCCAUGGGAGAAGAUGACUAUUGCAGGGACCACGGAUAGCCCGACCGAUGUUACUUCCCAUCCAAUACCAACAGAGGAAGAUAUAAAUUUCAUUUUGAAUGAAGUGCGUAACUACCUUAGUGCUGAUGUUGAAGUGAGAAGAGGAGACGUGCUGGCAGCAUGGAGUGGCAUUCGUCCCCUGGUCACAGACCCCAACUCCAAAGACACACAGUCGAUAUGCCGGAAUCAUGUUGUUGCUAUUAGCAAUAGUGGCCUUGUCACAAUAGCAGGUGGGAAGUGGACAACCUACCGUGCCAUGGCAAAGGAUGCCAUUGAUGCAGCUGUUGAGGCACACAACUUGAAGGCAGGUUCCAGUAAAACUCUCGGACUGCAGCUACAAGGGGCUGAGGACUGGAGUCCCACUCUCUACAUUAGGUUGGUCCAAGACUAUGGACUUGAAAGUGAGGUGGCUCAGCAUCUAGCUUCGACAUAUGGCGACAAAGCUUUUGAGGUGGCCAAAAUAGCCCAAGUUACAGGAAAGAGAUGGCCUAUUGUUGGAAAGCGUCUUGUAUCUGAAUUUCCUUAUAUUGAAGCUGAGGUUGUCUAUGGUGUCAAAGAGUAUGCUCGCACAGCAGUGGAUAUGAUUUCCCGACGUACUCGCUUGGCCUUUCUGAAUGUGCAGGCUGCAGAGGAAGCCCUGCCAAGAAUCGUAGAUAUAAUGGGAAAAGAACUUAACUGGAGUGAGCAGAAAAAAAAGGACGAACUUGAAGCUGCUAAGAAAUUUCUCUAUUAUGAAAUGGGCUACAAAGUAAAAUCAGAUCAAUUAAGAGACAGCUCUGAAAUCAGUCUAGCGCCUUCAGAUAUUGAGAGGUACAAGAAGCGAUUCCGCAUGUUUGACAAGGACAAGAAAGGGUUUAUUACUAUACUGGAUGUGCAGCGUGUCUUGGAGAGCAUCAGUGUGCAAAUUGCUGAAAAUACUCUUCAUGAUAUUCUAAAUGAAGUGGAUCUGAACAAAAAUGGACAGGUUGAGCUCAAUGAGUUUCUGCAGCUCAUGAGUGCUAUUCAGAAGGGCUACGUGUCUGGAAGCCGGCUGGCUGUGCUCAUGAAGACUGCUGAGGAGAAUCUGCAUCGGCGCGUGGGGAUUCCAGUGGACCGGAGCGGUGGUGGACUGUGAGUUCGAAUGCAAUGUCUGCUCACAGCCAUGGCUAAUGGAGAUGCAUCUCUGCUAAAAAACAUUCCAGUGCUUCUGACUGGCCUUGCUUGUUCCAGAUGACUGGUGUCUGUCCAUGGGUGUAGCUCUUACAAAACUAUAUUGGUGCAUUUGUUUUUGUUCUUAAUGGUUUUCUGUGCUCUUAAUAUUCCAGUAUGUGGCCUUUUGGAUUGGGUAUUCUUUAGACACAGGGGUUCAUUAACAAGAGUUCAAGAAUACAGGUUAGAGAGAUUUGGGUGCACACACAAGCACAUGUGCACAUAACUGUCUCGUUCAUUAACUUCUCUAUCACCUUUACCUUCAGAGAAAACAAUGCUCAGAAAGUGCAUCCUGCCUUUAAAUGCAUUGCAUUCAAUUUUGUGAAUACAUAUUUAGAGUUUAAAAGUUGAUCUCUGCUCAACAAAAGUGAGACAGGGAAAGCUGGUGGUCUAGAUUGGAGAUAAUAACACAAAAGGAUCAAGACUGACACUUUCUGAGGCAGCAGUUGCGAAGAACUAUUGUGAGGUUCCGCAGGUGGCUGGUUUUGCUCAACAAAAGUGCUCUGUUAUUUCAGGGGUGCCAAUACUUGGCCAGACAAAAAUAUCGGCAGUAUGAAGCUGGAAAACUACAAGACAUCUUGAUUAAUCACCAUAGCUAAUAAUUUAUUUAAAAGCAUGGGGACAGCUUUCCUUUCUCCCAUAUUAAUAAAAAUAAGCUUCCUUUAAUAAAUAGUGUAGUCUAACAGAUGUUGGUUUAUGCUGUAAAAAGGCUUCAUAGUGUUUCCAGUUUUGGACAAACCCUGAUGAUCUGUAGUAGGUUUCAGUAGCAUAAUGGUCUUAAUUCUUCAUUUAAAAAUGCUCAAACACAGAGUGAAACAAUGAAAUUUGUUUUGCAUUAUACCAAAUUGUCUGUAAAAGUGAAAAAGCUAUUUUUCAGAUGAAUGGGGGAUGGGGGAAGUGGGGGGUGGGAAUAGGAUCACUCACUUGAGCUACUUUCAACCAUGUUGUGUCUGUCUGUUUGCCUUUCUGUUGUUGGACUGACUAGGGUCAAGAUCAGGUGGAAGACUCCUGCCUAAUGUAGAACAAGGAAGGGAAAACCACAAGAAUGGUUUAUUGAUGAAUUUGUCAUUCUGUUAUGUUCUUUAAGUACCAAUUUACAACUUAAAGCUGCAGUUCCAAGGUGUUAGGUUCUCUGCUUCUGUAGAAUCUAAUCUAUUUUAACCAGUGUCACCACUUCACUAACGGAAAAUAACAGUACAGGACUGAACAGCAAGGAUUGUGUUGAUAUUUUGAAAGGGAAGAUGAUUAUGUACACAAAAUGGAGAUGCUGAGGAGUGUUCACAUGGAGCGUAGUAAGUACUGAGGUUAUGUUUGGCUGGAGAGACAGAGUCCUUCAAAAAAAAUGAAAAAUUCAGGUGCUAAAAAUGCUAAAACGAAUGGGAAUGAAUGUAAGAUACACAGGUUGUUUGGGUUCAGUGAGGAAAGUCAGGAGGGAAUGGGCUUAGGAUUCUACUACUAACAAUAAAGAGAAAAAAAAAAGAAGAAAAUGUAAGUAAGGAGACCUCUUCCAGGCCACAUAAAGAAAAAUAUCUGCAACAUUUACAAAGAAAAAUUCUCCUUUAUCAAUGGCACUGUUAAGAAUUAAUAAUAAAAGUUUAUCUGUGAAGCCAGGACUUUCUGCUUUGCACCCAAAGUAUACCCUUUGUUCUCUUGUUUUAGUAAUGCUGCGCACAGGAUGAGACUGUGGGAUUUGUCUGGCUCAAUGUGUGUCCUCCAAUAGGAAUUUGCUUUGCAUCUUAGGCACUUUAUUGUCAUACUUCUCUUCUCUUUGUAUGCCAUAGCAAGAUCUUGUAUGACCACCCUGUGUAAAGAUUGCAUGUGUUACUUAAAACAGCUAAAUCUGUACCUGGAAAAAAUCUAAAACUAUUUAUUUAUCACCUCACAUCUUUUCAGGAAUGUUGGCUUUGGUUUGUUUGGUUUAUUUUCUGUCCAUGUGAAUGUACUAUAGAAAGAGUUGUACAGUGUCACUGUCUUGCAUUGCUGUGGUGGAAAACCAGUAAUGUGUUUUGGGUUUUUUGGGGGGGUUGGUGUUUUGGUUUGGUUUGGGUGGUUUUGUUUUGUUUGGGGGAUUUUUAUGGUGGGGUUGUUUUUUUUGUUUGGGUUUUUUUGGGGGAUUUUUUUUGUUUGUUUUUGAGGUGGGAGUUGGAUUUCUGGAUGUCAUAAUAUUUUGGAUUUUAAAUAAACUGCAUGCCUGGAGGGGAGGGUAUGCAUGUACAUGCAGUGUGUUUAUAUAUGUGUGUAAACACGUGUGUACAUAUGUGCACACAUGUAUAUGCAUUGCCUGUUUUACACAUGGCACUUAGGUGUUUUGUGAGGUUACUGUUCUAGACUGAACUGUUAAAUACUGUGUUUGAGGUUGGGUAGUCAUUUUUAUAACUGUCUUGGUCUUUUACUGCCAUUAUUUAUUACUUUUGAUAUACACAAUGAGCCGCAUGCAUUUAUAGAGCAAUAAGAGGAUGUAUUUAAUGUGCCUUGUUUUUAACUGACCAAGAACUGAAAGCAUGAAUCAAUAAAACUGAUUAAAAAUGGU